AGGGAAGAGCCUUCAGAACCAAGCGGCAGUUCUGAGCCUGAUUAGUAGCCUUGUCACGGUGGCUGGCUGCUGGCCAAUCCGGAGGAGUCCCGUCCUGUCUGAGUGACUAACUGAGCUUCCUCCGGAGGGAGGAAACAGUUAAUGUCUCUGGGCGGCUGCAAUCGGCUAGGCGUGGUCUGACUUGGGUUACACAGGUCUGAGCCAAGGGGCCUUGGAAGGACGCGUUAGUCCGCAGAGCCUCCAGAUGGCUGAAUUGGAUCUGAUUGCUCCAGGCCCACUGACCGGGGUCACUGUUCACCCCUUGGCCCCUCUCGGUCCAGACCCUGGCUCAGCUCUCCCAGUAGAAGAAGAGGAUGUGGACUCUCUCGGGAAGGCAGGGGAGGAAAUCCAGGGGCAGGGUCCUGAUCCCGCAAAGCUCGAUGCUCCCGGUGAUGAAGGCGAAGAGGAGAUCCUGUGCGACUUCUGUCUUGGGGCCAGCAGAGUAAGAGCCGUGAAGUCUUGUCUGACCUGCAUGGUGAAUUACUGUGAGGAGCACCUGCGGCCACACCAGGAGAACAGCAAACUGCACAGCCACCAGCUGACUGAGCCCGCAAAGGACCAGGAUCUGCGCACCUGCCCUGCCCACCAAAGCCCUCUGGACGCCUUCUGCAACACACACGAGCAGUGCAUCUGCCAGGAAUGUGCUAAGGGUGAGCACAGGGGCCACAAUAUUGUCUCCUUGGAUGCAGCCCGCAGGAACAAAGAGGCUGACCUUCGGGGCAUGCAGCUGGACCUGGAGCAGAAGCUGAAGCUGAAUGAAAAUGCCAUCGCCAGGCUCCAAGCCAACCACAAGUCUGUCUUGGUGUCGGUGUCAGAGGUGAAGGUGGUGGCCGAAGAGAAAUUUGGGGAGCUCCUCGCAGCCAUGAGGAAGGCCCAGGCUGACGUGAUGGUCUUCAUAGAGGAGAAAGAGCAGGCUGCACUGAGUCAGGUCAAUGGCAUCAAGACCCACCUGGAGCACAGGAGCAUCGAGAUGGAGAAGAGCAAACAGGAGCUGGAGAAGGUGGCCGCCAUCAGCAACACUGUGCUCUUCCUGGAGGGGUACUACAAGUUUAAGAAGACAGAGGACACUGCCUUCCCCAGCGUGUACAUAGGACUGAAGGAUAAACUCUCGGGCAUCCGCAAGGUCAUCACAGACUCAACUCUGCACUUGAUCCAGUUGCUAGAGAGCUACAAGGAAAAGCUCCAGGAGUUUUCCAGGGAAGAGGAAUGUGACAUCAGAACUCAAGUGUCUGCCAUUGUCCAGCGCAAGUAUAGGACCUCAAAACCUGAGCCCAGAACCCGGGAUGAGUUUCUCCAAUAUGCAUGUGACAUCACAUUUGACCCAGACACAGCACACAGGUACCUUCGACUGCAGGAGGACAACCGCAAGGUCACCAACACCACGCCCUGGGAACACCCCUACCCAGACCUCCCCAGUAGGUUUCUGCACUGGCGGCAGGUGCUGUCCCAACAGAGCCUGUACCUGCACAGGUAUUAUUUCGAGGUGGAGAUCUCUGGAGAAGGCACCUAUGUUGGCCUGACCUGCAAAGGCAUUGACCGUAAGGGGGAAGCACGAAACAGCUGCAUUUCUGGAAACAGCUUUUCCUGGAGCAUUCACUGGAAUGGGAAAGAGUUCACAGCCUGGCACAGUGACACUGAGACCCCUCUCAAGGCUGGCCCUUUCCGGAGGCUCGGGAUCUACGUAAACUUCCAAGGAGGCGCCCUCUCCUUUUACGGGGUAGAAUAUGACUCCCUGACUCUGAUUCACAAGUUUGACUGCAAGUUCUCGGAGCCGGUCUAUGCUGCCUUCUGGCUGUCUAAGAAAGAAAACGCCAUCCGGAUUGUGGACCUGGGAGAGGAGCCUGAGAAGCCAGCUGUGUCCUCAGUGGAGGCUGCUCCCUAGAUUCCGGGAUCUGCCUCCCAGACUUCACUAACUGC